AAUUAAAAAAAAAACUGUGUCAAGAACAAACGUUGGCUCUCUCUUUCUUCUGGUUCGAAAAGGCCACGCAGGGGGAGAAAAAAGUGAAAGCGAGGGUUUUUGAGGAAGAGAAGAGAGGAAGAGAAACUCGGAGAAGGGAGAGAAAUUAGCUGAAAGUGAGGGAAAAUUAGCGAGGGUUUGUGCGUGCUGUGAUGUUGUGGGGUAUUAAUCACGAGUCUUCUGGCUAGGGUUUCUGUGUAUUGAAUAAAGGAAAGGCCGAGGUUCUUUUCAUUUGGCAUUGAGGAUUGGAAAAAUCUGGUCUUUUGCUAAUAUAACUUGAUUAACAGUGCAGUGAAGUAUCUGGGUAUCUCAUAAAUCUGCUGCAGCUAAGAUGGAUAAAAAAGUAUUUACUUGUCACAAGGACUUCUUUCAAACCUGGAAGAACUUGACUAAUAUCUGAAGCACUAUGACGCUCGAGGACUUCUUUACCCUUACUGAAAUGAAAGAUGGGCUCACAGCCCCUGCUCGAGUUGAGGAGUUGGUUACUGUGAUGCAGAAGGAGAAAGAUUGUGUUGUAAAGAAUGUUGGUGAUGCUACCAGACAGUGGUCUACUGUUGCGAGCACCAUAGCAGCCACAGAGAACCAAGAUUGUCUUGAUCUUUUUAUUCAGUUAGAUGGACUCUGGUUUAUAAAUAGGUGGCUCAAGGAUGCUCAGAAGUUUGGUAAUGACCCAAGUGACAGCUUUGUGGAAGAGUCAAUCACUGCUCUAUUAAGGGCACUUGAAAAGCUUCACAUAGACAAUGAGAAGUUAAUUUCUUCUGGAAUCGGCAUUACUGUGAAGAAUCUUCUCGGCCAUGAUAGCUCUAGGAUUCAGGAUAGGGCAAGAGCCUUGUUUGAUAGCUGGAAACAGAGUAAGGACUGUGAUGCAGUUCACCAGGAUGUUGAGAAAGUUGGGGCAUUUUGUGAUGAUGGGAUCAUAGUCAGUGCAAAGCCCACUGGGGAAAGUGGACUGCCAGAAUGUUCUGCCAUGGAUACUUCUCUUUCCAAAGAAAGUGCUAAUGUAGAAACUCAUGUAGCAGACACUGCUAGGGAUGAAAUUUUGCAGUCAAGCUCAGAUGGCGUUGGACCAGAUCGGAGUGAGACCGUACAGAUUCAAACAUCUAACAAUCAGGUUAACACUGACAUAACUUUAGACCAUCCGAACAUGGAGGUUGAAUCUGCAGAUCCUCCUCCCCACUCUGUCAUGCUAAACCCUGUUCAAGAAAAUAACCUCUCUAUGAAGGAAGAAUCCCCAUUAUGCCCUUCAGAAGGAACCACCACUAUCAAGACUAGUUCAUCAAUUCCAGCAGAAGGAAAUUUUGAAGGGAACUCAGGUGUCCCCAAAGUGAAUGAGUUCACUGAUGAUGAGAAGCAGAUGCACGAAAUGAAUAGUUCCCCAGACCAUUUGGGGAAGGAAUUUUCUCCAACCUCUACUACACUGGAGCCCAGAGCAGUUUCUUCAAGUGGGGCCACUGCAACUGCUGGGAAGCCUGUGGUGGAACCUGCUUCACAAAAUGUUGCUGAUGCAAAAGCGGGUGACUUCUCUGAAAAAUCUAAAACGCUUGGGUCUGAACCUGAGAGUGGGAAGGAUGAUAUUGGUGUUCUAAGUCAUUGCAAAAGUACACUUGUCUUCAAGACUACAGGUGAAGGUGGUGAAAAUUGUUCUAAUGUUUUGCAGGAUGGUAAUGACGGUACAUUGGGGAAAUCUGAGGAUCCAGAGACUUCUUUUUCCAGGAUGGAGGACAUUGGAGGGAUCAAUGAAGAUCAGGGGCAUGCUAGUGAUGGGUGUGACGAUGUGGCAAAUGCUUCUGAUUUCUCAAGAUUAGCAAUGGAGGGUAAAGGGUCUGACAUGAUUGACAAGAAGUCUGAUAUUGAACUUGAGUAUGGCAUGGUCGAUCCUCUAGAACUUGCUCGAAGAGUUGCAAAGGAAGUGGAGAGACAAGUGGGGGAUUUCAGAGAACCAUUCUGCAGCUCAUCUUCAGAGAAAAUCUCAGAAGGUGGAAUCAGGGUGCCAGAUAGUCCAGAUUCCAUAAAUGGAAAGCAACACCAACCCAUGGAUGGCCCACCAACCGAGGUGCCAGCUGGACAAAUUACCCCUGUCGACGCAUUGUUGAAGGAGGAGGAGCAUUUAAACUCACAAAACCUAGAUGUGGAACCAGAAAAUUGCAUACCUGAUGUUGAAUCCUCUCUGGUGACAGAAACGGCGCAAGGACCAGAAGUUAACACAGAGAAAGGUGCAUGUGAUUUUGAUUUGAAUCAUUUCGAUCUGAAUCAAGAAAUCGUCCCUGAGGAUAUGGAUCGUCCUGUGAAUCCCAUUUCUACCCCCGUUGCUGUUGUGUCCGCUUCAAGGGCGACGGCGGCUCCUGGUUUGCCUGUAGCCCCUCUGCAGUUUGAGGGGACUCGUGGAUGGAAAGGAUCUGCUGCAACAAGUGCUUUUCGGCCAGCAUCCCCUCGCAGAAUACCUGAUGCUGGUAAAACACUCUUAACUGGGGAAACCUCCAACAGUUCUAAGCAGAAGCAGCAGUUUGAUUUUGAUCUGAAUGUGGUUGAGGGUGGAGACGAUGAUCUGAUGUUUCCAGCAUCAUCUGGUUUCCCAUCAGGAGAAUCUUCAGUGGAAGUAAGUCCUAAGAGAUCAGAUAGGCUCAAGUUGGACUUAAACCGUGUCAGCAAUGAGGGUGAUGCUCCACUGUCAGACUGGAAGAUGGAAGGACCGACUGUUCACUACCGGAAUGGCCACCGCAGCCCAUCUCCUGCCUUUUCAUCCUCAUCAUCAAUGCAGUCUUCCAUGAGGAACAUUGAUUUGAAUGACAGACCAUCUUUGCAAAACAAUUCUUCAGAUCUUCAGCCCAAUCCUGGAGGACUCAAACAAGAUGAACCUGUCAUUUCUCUUUUGGGAACUAGAGUGGGGGUCAAUAGAAAAACUGUUAUGCCUCAAACACCAUCCUACCAGCCCAACGGAAAGGCUCCAGAGACUGCAGUGGAUGCUAACUUGGGAAGAACAGGUGGUAUUUUGGGGAUGGGACCGCCGGGGUCUUAUCCACAUUCUCAUGUUCUAGGAUACAAUGGUCUUACAACAGGGGCGCCGAUGUCAUUCUCCUCGCCCAUGUAUGUACCUGGUGGCUCGAUACCAUAUAUGGUGGAUUCUAGAGGAGCUCCUGUGGUACCGCAAAUUAUGGGCUCUGCAUCAACGGUAGCCCCUUCAUACUCUCAGUCACCCUUCCUCAUGACCAUGAGCGGUGUGCCGUCAGGUAUAAAUGGGGCUGGGUUCUCCCGGCCUAAUUUUGAUCUGAAUUCGGGCUUCAUAGUUGAUGGAGGGAACAGAGACACAGGGGUUUCAAGGCAGCUUUUCAUUCCUGGUCAGAGCGAGCAAUUGAGGGGCAAUUUGCAACCUUCCUCGAGUUCAGGGCUUGGUGGGAAAAGGAAGGAACCUGACGGUGGGUGGGAAUCCUACCCGUUUAACUACAAACUUCAUCAACCACCAUGGAAAUAGGAAAGUUUUCAUUUAUCAGAGGCAGGCUUUCCUCUCGGAUCAGUUUAGGAAAUGCACAGAAGAAACACAUUGAUGCUUACAUAGCUAAAGAUGAUCCAGAAGAGUAGGUAAGCCAGUUGCGUUUUUUUAGUGGGAAAAGGGAUUAGUAGAACCGAAUAAAACUGGGGGAAGGAAUUUAUGGAUGUAAUCUAAUUCAUGAGAUCUAUUGUGGAAGAAGAAAAAAGAAUUAGGUUUAUUGUUUUCAUUUUGGUUUAUUUAUUUUCGUUUUCUAUGUUUCAUAGGCGCCAUUGCAACCACAGAAAGCUUGGUACAUGUAGUUGUAAUUUCUCUCCCAUAUAUAUCAAAGAAAUUUUAAGGAAUGGCCUUCCUUCA